GAUGCGGCGGCGAGAGGCGGGCUACGGCGGCCGGCGGGGGCCUGGGCGGGCGCGGAGCGGCGGGACCGGGCCGGGCAGCGGAACGGGCAGCGGGCUGCCAUGGAGUACGUGACCGCCGAGCAGCUGGCCGGCUUCGGCAAGUACAAGUACAGCGCCGUGGACAGCAACCCACUGUCUCUGUACGUCAUGCAUCCCUUCUGGAACACGAUAGUGAAGAUCUUCCCUACCUGGCUGGCCCCAAAUUUGAUAACGUUUUCUGGCUUCCUGCUGCUUGUCUUCAACUUCUUCCUCAUGGCAUACUUCGACCCUGACUUUUAUGCUUCUGCUCCCGAUCACCAGCACGUUCCGAACGGAGUGUGGGUCAUUGUGGGUCUCCUCAACUUCAUUGCCUAUACGUUAGACGGUGUUGAUGGGAAACAGGCUCGCCGGACCAACUCCAGCACGCCCCUGGGAGAGCUCUUUGAUCACGGCCUGGACAGCUGGGCGUGCGUCUACUUUGUCGUGACAGUCUACUCCACCUUUGGACGGGGCUCCACGGGUGUCAGUGUCUUCGUUCUCUACCUCCUCUUAUGGGUGGUCUUGUUUUCAUUCAUCCUCUCCCACUGGGAGAAGUAUAACACAGGGAUCCUCUUCCUGCCCUGGGGAUAUGACAUCAGCCAGGUGACCAUUUCAAUUGUCUACAUAGUGACAGCCAUUGUGGGAGUUGAGGCCUGGUAUGCACCUUUCCUGUUUAAUUUCUUAUAUAGAGACCUAUUCACUGCAAUGAUUAUUGCUUGUGCGCUCACUGUGACGCUGCCGAUGAGCCUGUAUAACUUCUACAAGGCCUAUAAAAAUAACACCUUGAAGCACCACUCUGCGUAUGAAAUCAUGCUGCCGCUGGUAUCCCCAGUGUUGCUCUUCCUGCUCUGCACCACGUGGAUCUUCAUGUCCCCAACAGACAUCCUGGAGGUCCAUCCCAGGCUCUUCUAUUUCAUGGUUGGAACAGCCUUUGCUAACAUUUCUUGCCAGCUGAUCGUCUGUCAGAUGAGCAGCACGCGCUGCCAGCCUCUGAACUGGAUGCUGCUCCCCAUAGCGGUGGUGCUCUUCGUGGUGAUGUCCGGGUUCGUGCCGAACAGCGAAACGCUUCUCCUCUACUUGUUAACUGCUUUCCUCACCCUGGCGCACAUCCACUACGGCGUGGUCGUGGUGAGCCAGCUGAGCAGGCACUUCAAUAUACGGCCCUUCUCGCUAAAGAAGCCCACGCCAGAUUGACUAGGAGUGGAAGAAGAGAAAAUCGGCUUGCGGUCUGCAGAAGUACUGUAAAUAACUGCUGCAAAUACCUGUAAAUAACUUCAACCAUCACCACAGAUCUAAACCUAUCCUCUGGACAGACAUCAGGGCAAAGUAUGCACGGUAUCCGGUGCAGCCAGGGCAGGACUGGUAUGGGGCAGCCUCUGCUGCUAUUUGACAAAUGCAAACUUUCCGUUUUGGGUGAAACUGGAUGAGGAGCGUAGCCUUUCAGGUCUCUCUUACUGUAUAUUAGACCAGCUGAAUGUUCCCAGUGAAACCUCAGACUCCAGCUCUUGCUCAGGUAAAGCCGUUUGGGGAUGCAAAUGGCUUUACCUGAGCAAAGCAUCUUGACCUAUCACCAAAACCAACGUAACAGCUGAUUUCUACAAGGUCAGGGGAACAUCCUGGUGGUCGGGGGGGGGGUUCUGUCUGUCCCUAAUCCUGCUAGGCAGCCCUUGUCCUGGCCUGGUCCUUAGGGAGCAGAUGGUCACAGUUCUCCCACACUCUGUCCAGCCUUCCUGUACUCACUUAUUUGGGCAAAUACUUGCACCUUUUUUUUUUUUUUUUUAAGAGGGGGGAAAAAAAAAAUACACAAAACUUCUAGUGAUAUUCUACUUGGGGAGCAUAGAAAAUCAGGGCUUAAUUUCCUGUAUAAGUGAGAAGGCAGCUUCUGCCUCCCCUGCUCGGGCUGUGGGUGCCUGGGCCCACAUCUCGACCGUGUUCCUGUCUGUCUGUGUGUGUUCCUCGCCUGGAAGUGGGGUCUGGGCUCCAAUCGGCAGCAGAAAGUGGCUUUACACCAGCCUAACACAGAGCCGAACCCCCCUCUCUCCCGACCAGUAUGAACUUGCCGUUUUGGGUCGUUGCACGCUGCCUGAGCCUCCUCUUUUGUAGCAGCGCAGCCAGGCUCAGUCUGUGCAUCGCCCUUCCCACCAGACCAUCAACGGCAGCAAAUCCACCGCUUGGAGAAGCACCUUAAGAGCUGUGUCGGUCGUGUGUGCACUUUCAGAAAGCUCAUAGGCGUGUGUGUGGUGGGGUACUUUCCAAAUAUCACUUUAUUUUCAAAACCGUUGUCCCCAGCGGCUGCAUGUCUCAUCCAGGGAUAUAUUUGUUUACUGUCCAUUUGUAAAAGACAUGUUUGCAUUGAUUUUUUUUUUGUUAAACUUGUUUUUGUAAUUGAGUUAGAGUGGGGUGGUGAAGACUGAAUGCUGAUUUUCUUUUCCGUUCACUUUAUUUAAUGAAGACCUGUGCUUGAAUGAAGAGUGUAGCUUAAACCCAGGCUCUGGAAAGGCUGCAUCCGGAAGCGAACAAGCACAGCAGGUUGUGCAUAUGUAAUCUACCAUGGGAACAAAGUCGCUUAUACACUGAUUAUUGUGCAACGUGGUUCGUAGAAGCUUGGUCACAGCCGUUUCCUUCUGCAGGUGAAGACUCUUCCUGCUUUAGGAAACCUUCAAACUGUAACUACUAUUUACUGCUUUUUCUUUUGUAAAUUUGAAUCAUCGUCAGGCAGGCUAUGAGACUUAAAACCCUGAGGCACGCUCACACGUUCACUGCGUGACAUCAGGGUUGCUCGGUCACGGUAUGGCCUGCGAGGAGCGAGCUGGGGCAUUCGUCCGGGCCGAUGUCGUGGCUGAACAUCUGUAUGCUCAUCUGUCUGUACGGCUACGUGUCUGGGAAGGGUGGCUAAUCUGGGAGAGGUGGCGAAUGGUUUUUGGAGUUUAUUUAAUAAAGUAGCUUACUCCUAUAUUUUACUGAUGUUGUACAGGAAAAAAAUGACCUAAGUGUACGAAUGAAUUGGGCUGUGCUUGAAUUUUUGACUCUUGCUAUUUAAUGAAAUAUAAUUACGAAGGGAGGUAAAUUUAAGUCACGCUCGCACAAGAAUUACAGGGAAUCUUAAAACGGGAUACAACACUUAUCUAUGGGAUGUGUUCGGAUAGCACAAAUCAUGCUAGCAGCAUUGACAAGCAGCGCAGGUUGGACGAUUUACUUUCUAGUUGUGUGUUUGCAGGACCAGGGAAUACCUGAGCUGCUCCCUCAGGGUUUCAGCUACGCUCGGGGGUCCCUGUCUCUUCCCACCAGCCUUGCUGGGCCCCGAGGACCAGGCCAGUGCUGAUGCUGUGAGAAGUUGUCUGAUCUUCAAUCUUAGGCUGUCGCUUUGUCUCUGACACGCUGUUUGUCUGUUGUCUCACCUCGCUGUGAGUGGGUGUGCUUUUGCAGCACGUAAUAUACCCCGAAAAACCCCUCUGUGGAGUCACAAAGAUGUGGAAGCAGGGCUUCCUCUCUGAAAUCCUGCAAAUACGUGUCAUGCUGUAGGAGAAAGAUCUCUCUCAAAAACUGGAACCACUUCCUAUCUGCACAGACUUUAUCUUUGGAGAGUCCUGGAUUUUUGGUGCCUUAACUUAUUGCACCUUGAAGCUAGAAAAAUAUCUCCUUAAAUCAGUGCUGGAAAACAAGCUCGCUUGUCUCUGGUGCGGCCGGGCUUGUGGCAGAGCGAGGAGAGAGCAGACCUGAUCUCAGUGCCCAUGCGACUGUUCCCCACUCGUGCUGUUUGGGGGGGUCUGUUUGGGCUGUCAGGAAUUAAGUGAUUUCUGCUCCCGGAUUCUGGGGGAAAUGGAAAUGAACUGAAGGACCAACCCAUCUUGUUGUGGUGAGGUGUGGCAUGCUGAGAAACAAACUAUUUAUUAAUAAUAAUGGGUUUAAGUCUUAAGAAGAAGAUGCUAACAGGUGAUUGUGUUAGGGUGGUGGGUGCUUGCCUUGCUGGCUAGCUCUGUCCUCGGGCUCCUUGGGUUGGGACGGAGUCCUGCGCAGGCUGGGUAGGACGUGCGCUCGCUCCUCAGCUCCCAUCUGGCAUUUGAGAGCUGAUCUGUGUUGUCUCUUCUUCCAGGGAUAGUGUUAAUCAUAUUUUCUUAAUUACUGAUGGACCUGCUGAGUUGAUAAUAGGACUGUCUUCUGCUUUCCUAAAUCUGUUUUGCACGUUUUAUCUCUGUACAGAGUAUUACCAGGCAACAGACGUGUUCAGGGAGGGGUGCAGUCCUUCAGGACUUCAGGGCUCCAGGCAGGUCCUCGUGCCGUGGGAAGAGGUGGCCCGCGCUGCCCGUCGUGGCUGCACCGUGGCUCAUCAGCCUUCGCCCUGAAGCAGGUUUUGGAGGGAGCUCGGGACACACCAAUGUGUCAGCGCAGGACUUGCGUAGCCCUUUUCCAUCUUGGGUCUUCUGGUUCGUAUCACGGCUCCUGCCUCUGUGCCCAUCCAGGGACCUAGCGCAGGAAUUCACGAGCGGAGCCGGGGCUGAAGUGCAGGUUUUGGGAUCUCCUGGGGUUUGGGUAAAACUGGCUGUUGCACUAAAAGCAACAUUUUACAAGUAGAAAUGCUGCGGCUGAGCUCUGGACAUACAAACACGGGGAACACCAAGCACCUAUGCGCUGUGGUUUUAGCUUGUUCCUUCCCCCGGUGCCGCAAUGAACUCCUCCGCUCUGCGGUCGGUCGCUGCGGGGGCUCGGCAGCAGGCUCUCCUUUGGGAAACAUCAGCCACCUGAUACGGGUGGCUCUGCCGGAGCCAGGGGAGCGGAAUGCUGUAAGCGUGAGCUUCUGAGGCUUUGGAAACAUAUAUUUAAGCUCCUGAAAUAGAGCUGGCCUGAUGUUACCUCCCAGGUGUGUUGAGUACCUGCAGCUUGUAGUCUGAGAGCUGUUGUGGGCUCUGGCAAGGCCCCUGAACUCUCGAGAGCGUCUGAGCCUGCUUGUGGCAGACCUGGAAAGUCUCUGGAGAAGCAGCGCUUUUUGGGAGCUAGCUCAGAUCUGGGUUUUUUCAUACACGGCUCUAAGGGAACAGUUGAUUUUUGUGCAAACAAGCUGUAGCUGAGCUCUGGUCACCUUAGUUUAUGGCAAAACUGUGCACGGGGUUUCUGUGUCCUUCCGAAACACGCAGGAAUCCCUGAAGCAGAGUCUUGUUUCCAGUUGUCCCUUUUUGCUGGGCGCGUAUCGCUCUCUUGAGCAGUGGGAGUCCUUCAGCGCACCAGCGUUCCCUUCCACCCGUCCAUCCCACAAUCUUUCAGUGCGGUGUUUCAACCUUGCUUCGGUGCCGUGGGCCAGCGGUGGUGAUGGAGCCGGGUCAGCUAAAAGCUCGUUUACUCUUUGCUUUUCUGAUGCAGAUCUACAGCCCCGGUGUGGGGUUGCAACCUUGACUCAUCCUGCUUUUGCCCACCUAGUCUACCUCGCUGCGCCGUGUCGAAGCAGCGGCCGAGGGCACGUGGAGGCUGCUCUUGGUGGGACAUGGUGAUGAUGGGUGCUACACUGACCUUUGCUUCUGGAAAAGGUCACUGUUAGUUUGUAGAAGACCCUUUGACCCAUCCAGGUGUGGUCAGACCUGGCCUGAGAGGUCCCUAGGCUGGUCUCUGAGGAAGGGUCAGGGCAUCGCUGCCCCAGGAGCGGAGGUUCUUGGGGAAAUUCUCUGCUCACCCUCCAAGGUGCCGUUCAUCUCGGCCAGUGGCAUCUGUGGUGGCUCUUUGGUAGGAGCUGGUGCUGUGGUUCAGGUUGGAGACUUCAUUAAUCAAAAUCUUCUGCCCCACUCCCCCUGGCAGUGUUUCAGACUGACCUCCCGUCCCUUGAGCUUUCGGCUGCAGAGGAUGCUGGUUUGGGUAGUGGUCGUGUUGCGCUGGUGCCAGCUCCUCUGGAAGAGGAGGGGGGUGGCUCCCAGGCUGGGUUUGCCUCCGGUCUUCUGAGUGCGUGCUGGAUCGCUCUCUUCUCCAUCUGUAACCCCGCACCUAAAGGCAAACCAAGGCAGCAGCCUCACACCCAACGCGCAGAGGGGCUCCGUGGGGCGAACCGGAGCAUUUCAGGGCCUGGCUCCCCUGGGGCUCGGGGUGCUCUGCCAGGCUGCCCACGGGAGCUGAGCCAGUCCGGUCCCUCUGCGCGGGGUUGUCCCUAAACAGAGAUCAGAUGAAGCAGCCUGGCCAUGCAGCGGUCCCGGUGCUGCCGCGGUCCCAGGGAACCCUGAUCACUUCCCCGGAGUCUUGUCGCUGGGAGUUUAGGUACUGCAGUGGGUUUGAAUUCCAGUCUGUUAAAUGCUAUUACUGAAAUAUUUAUUGUGUUUAAACCAAACAAAAAACUAUUAAAAUUCAGUAAAGAAUAAAAUUUUCCAAGCCUUU